GAGGCUACGGCAAGGCGCAAACUAUCACGAUCGCAAAGGAUCGAUCGAUACAAGUGGCUGGGCUGUUCAGGGGCUCCAGGAUUAUCCUAACUAAUGCAUAAUGCACUAGCCUGAACAUCUCGGAGCCUGAGAGGCUCCGGUAGCGGAGAUGGCGGCAAGCGAUGCGCUGUUGGCGCGCAUCGACGCGCUAUUCCCUGACGGCGAGCACCAGCCACCUGCAGUCCAGCUGCGCAGAUCUAUCGCGCUCUGGCUGGCGGGCAGCCCGCGACCGGAGGUCGGCGAGUGCGCGGCGCUGCUCACCACGCUGGGCAGCUACCUGCGCCAGAGCCAGGCGCACCUGUGGCUAGACCCGGACCAGCGCUGGCCCAAGCUCAAGGCGUUCUUGGAGGAGCCAGACAGCCAGGGCGCGUUCCGGGUGCAGGAGGUGCAGGAUGUGGCAGUGCGCCUUAACCUGCGCCUGCUGCUGCCCCCGCAGCCCGCAGCUUCGCCUUCCCCGGCGUCUCCGUCCCACACUGCUGCCGGUGAAAGCGGCAGCGGAGGCGGCAACAGGAGCACGGCUACCGGCGCCAAGGGUCCUGCAGCUUCAGCUGCGGCUGCUGCAGCUUCCAAAGUGGCUAGGGACCUCGCGCGCAUGGUGUUUCCAGCGGCCGGGAAAACCGCGGGCAGGGACUGGCGCCUCAUCACGGACCCCGGCCAUCGUCUGCGUCGCGCGGUCGCCAUGUGGCUGGCAGACAACCCUGCUCCGGGCAUGGGAGCGCACCGGGCGCCGCUGACUUGGGUCGGCGACUUCGUGCGCCGCCCGGAGCACGCGGAGAUGUGGCUGGAGGUGGCUAGCAAGUACCGCAACCUGCAGGAUUUCCUGCAAGACGCUGAAAGCCAGGGCGCGUUCCGGAUCGAGAGCACGGCCGCCAGCCCCAGCGGACUGGUGCUGCUGGAUCUGGAAGCGAUGCAGGGGGUGCAUGGACAGCCAGCGGCGCUGCGUGCGGCGGCGGCCAGGGCUGCACCCGGUACUGCGUCGGGUGCAGCCAGCACGGCGGAGAGCGGGCGGGGUCCUGUUGCCAAGGCGCCAUCUCUUAUGCCAGCCCCGAGCAUGGAGGCGAUUGCGGCUGCGGCGGCUGCGGCUUGGCCGGGUGACUCGCCGCAGUGCGUGCUGCGCCGUCACGCGGCGGCGGAGCUGGCGGCGGCGCGGCCGUUUCCUGGAGUACACAACUCCCAAAAUUCAAUGCUGCUGGCGAAGCUGGGAGAGACGUUGCUCCGUGCCAAGCCCAAGGCUGCGGCGCAGUUGAAGGCGGACAUGGGCGGCAAGGUGCAGUGGCUGGCGGUGCUCACGUCGAAUGGCGGCGCCGAGCUCCUGUCGGACAAGGAGGCGGCGGCGGCGCUGGCCGCCGCAGGGACGGCUCCGACACGUGACCCCUACAGCCACUUCUUGCUGCGUGUGGUGAAGGGCGAGUGUGACCGUGUCGGGGUUCUGAAUGUGCGAGAGCUGCUGCGGAGGUACGGCGGCAAUGACAGCGGCGCAGGGGGAAUCGACCUGACAGCUAGCGCCAGAAGCUCGGGCGGUGAGCUGCAGAAGCACAAGAUGGCGAAGGCGCCGGCAGGCGCUCCUGAAACGACGGCGAAGGUGGAGGCGGCUCUGGCGUCUGCCUUUCCGGCGCGGGGGCCAGGGAAGGUGGCGGCGCACGAGUCGGAGGAGCUGCGGCUUGUGGCCCUGCUGCUAAUGCAAGCAGGACCGCCGCAUCGGCUGCUGUUUGCACAACUGGGAGAGAAGGUUCCCAGAAUGUUGGGCCGGGCCUGCCCUCGACUGAGAUACCAGUGCAUCGACCGCCCUGACGUCUUUGAAGUGGCCGCCGAGGUCCAGGGGUCCUGGGCUGCGCGGCUGGUGUGCCCGCAGCUGCUGCAGCUUGCGCCGGUCAGCCGCCUGCAGAGCGAACCGCCGAAGCCGGAACAGCCGCAACGGUCCAGCGGCGCUGCGGGCUCCCGCGAGGCUCGCCACCUCCAGGGCCUCGUCCGCGCCGCAUUCCUGGCUGCAGCGAGACCGGCCAGCGGUAGCGGCGUUAGCAGCACGCAGCGCCAGGCGGCAGCCGCGAUCAAGCUGAGACAGGCCGUUGGCGUCUGGCUGGUUCACGCGGGCGGCGGUAGCAGCGCCAGCAACGGCGCUGGCUGUAGCACAGAUGGCCGCGGCGCUAGCGCCGCGUCUCCAGACCGACCGUAUGCGGGCAAGCUGAGCGACCUCAGCGCCUUCCUCAGCUCCAAGUAUGAGAAGCUAUGGUGCGAACCUGCUUUUGCCUGGCCGAAGCUUUCAGACUUCCUUUUGCAGCCCGAGAGCGGCGGCGCCUUUGAGGUUGUGCCUCCGCCGCGCGGCACUGCGGGAAACAUCUCGGUCGCUCUCAACGUGCCACAGCUACAGGCUAUUGCGGCGGCGACGUCCAGCCGUGCGGCAGCCGACGCCGCGGCGGAAGGCAACUAUGCAGACUCUGCCGCAGCGACGUCGUCAGGAGCAGGCGCUGGGGCAGGGGCUGCCGCCGGGCUGCUGCUGGGCAAGCCGCUGACGGAGCUAAUUCACAUGGCAUUCCCGCUGCGGCUCACCGGCGACAGGCCGGUGCCGGACAAGCACUACCGGCAGCUGCGGCAGGCCAUCGCGGGUUGGCUCGCCAGCAGCCCGUACAGUGCUCGCCUGGGGCCGCACCGCGCCAAGCUGUCGCACAUUGGGCACUUCCUGGUCCGCGAACAGGCGGCGCUGUGGCGGAACCCCGCGCACAAGUUCCCCAAGCUCAAGGACUUGCUGGGGUCGGACGACAGCCGCGGCGUGUUCGUGUUUGAGCACGAGUCGCCGGGUGACUCGGACCCGGUGGUGCUGCUGUGCGAGCAGGCGCUGCAGGCGGCGGCCGCGGCGUUGCUGGAGGCCCGUGGUCAAGGCGGCGGUGGUGGCAGCAGCAGCGGCGCGGCGGCAGCAGGGGCGGUGGCAGGAGCAGGGGCAGGGGCGCCGGGUUAUUGGGAAGCCUCAGGCCAUGAGUAUGAGCUUGCGGACGCGGCGAUGGAGCUGGGCAACGGGUCGCUUGAGUCGCCAAGAAACCUGCCGGCGUUGGUGGCUGCCGCUCCGCCGACUUCGCUGGAGGUGGCGACCGCGGCCGCGGGCAAACCUGCAAACGGCGGUGACUGCACACAGCCGCUGCCGGAAGCUGGCGUGUACGUGGUGGCUGACCCGUACGGCGAGGAGCUCAUUGCCAUGCUGCAGCACUGCGGCUGCUGCACACGCAUCGGGCUUGCGGUGCAGGCGCACGGCGGCAGGCCGGCGCUAGUCAGCGUCUACGCACCGCCAGCGCUGAUGAAGGUGGAGGGACCGGAGGAGCACCUGUUCCAGUGGCCGGCCGCUGUGUACCUGGUUGAUCCGCUAGCGGCGGCCGCGUCCUACGGUGGCGGCGCAGACGGCGACUUUGCGGCGGCGGCGCUGCUCUGCAGCCUGCAGCCGCUGCUGGAAGCGCCGUCGGUUGCCAAGGUUGUGCACGGUAGUGUUGGUGCGGGUGGAAGUGCGCUAGCGUGUUUGGAAGCGGUGAUCAACCUGAGCAAUGGCCGUGAAGCUGCGGCCGCACUGGCGCACCCAGUGCUCGAUACCAGCUUGAUCCUGGCGAGUGUGGAGUCAAUGCUGGGUGUGCCACACACCCCGCCGCUCCAGGCAGCGCAGACGGCGGGGCCGGAUAGCAGCGUGGCGUGGCUGCGCGGCCUGCAUGCGCACGUGGCCCGGCUGCGUGAUGCGCUGGCGGGCACUGGGCUAUGGGCGGACCGGCCGCAGCUGCUGGCGACGCUGACGGCCCGUCACUUUGCGGCGCUGCGGGAGGACGCCCAGGCGGCGCUGGGGGCAGCUGGAGGGGAUGAGGACGCGGCGGCCCGUGUGCUGACGCGGCCGCUGGGCCCGAGCCAACUGGAGGUGGCGGCGCGGGCGGCGCGGCACCUGCCCGAGCUGUGGGCGGCGCUGGUGCAGGAGGUGGUGCCGUGGGUGGCAGCGUAUGCGUCGGCGGCUGCCAUGGUCGGGUGUAGGCAGCAGCACCAGUUGCUUGCAGCGGAGCCUGCAUUGGAGGCACCGUGGGGCACACACUAGCCGCGUCACGCUGAAUGCGGGACAAGGGCGUGCAGGGCAACACUGUAUGGGAGACAGGAGCAUAUGGCUGGGUAGAUGCACCAACAACCAAUCUGUCACAGACAUGAUUAUUGCUGCUGGAUAGUUUGUGGUCUUGGAGUUUGGGGGACGGGAAGUGCGAGUGCGUGGCAUGUUGGGCGACAAACAAAGUGUGAAGUCGUUCAGGUGCACAUGCGGUUGGGGGGCACGCAGCGUGCUAUUGUAGUAGACUGCUAUCGUAUGUUGGCGCAGCAGCGGCCCCCGUCAAGUUGCGGGAGGGUGCGCAGGGAGGGGAGUCAGGUGGGGAGUCACUAGCCCCGCGGCGGCCCAUGGGUCAGAUAAGAUGGGCACGAACAUUGAACCCGUCAAAGGGCAUAAGGUCAGCGAAAGGCAAUUGCUGUAAUAGCAUUACUAU